AGAGUACGUCACAUCCUGUAGUGACGGUGAGAGACAGUGAGGAAUCAGUCGUCAGUAUAGUUGACCAGCAGUUAUAUCGUUCACGUUGCAUCAUCAACGUCCACCAGUCAGUCACGAGAGGGAGAAGAUAAAACCAAUUAUACUAAUGGUCCAUAAGAAGAGGUGAAGAAGCCUAUUACGGAUGUGUGUAAAGCGGCGUGUGGUCUAAUGGCAGUGAACAACGAAUCUCUCAGUAACCGUGGUACUAACAUCUGCUAUAGGAAUGACGGGGAAGCAUUUGUCGUCAUGGAAAAUCAACUGUUUACUCCAAACCACAAUGAUUGGUGUGCAAUCGGCAGUACCUUCGUUGUCAGUUGCUUCCUUUGCAUCGCAGGCAUAUUCCUCAUAGUCUACAGAGAUGUCAGCAGUGGCAUUAUCUUCCUCUUCGUUGGAGGUACCGUACUAGUGUUGAGUGUGUGCGCCUUCUUAGGUAAGUUCCAUUCGGUGGAUAAGCAGCCAGAAGACCGGCCCCCAUCCUACAGAAUCUCGUGGCGACGCUCUUUCCUGCGGCGCAUCCGACAAUCCAACAACCUGCAGGAAAUUGAACAAUUGGACAUUAUUCCUCCGCCGACCUCUAACUCCAGCCGAGGCUUGCCAGACAAUUAUCAAGAACUCCAGCUGUCUGCCAGCAACCUCCAGACGGUUGAUGGAGCUGCUUUGGGGUUUAUGCCUCAUACCAGACAGACACGGUCUCUCAAUAAUCUCAUCGAUCCCCCGAGUUAUCAAGAUGUCCUGACAGCAAUGGACGAAACAGCAAAACGCAAACUGAAGUCUGAGCUGUGUUUACCCUCCUCUCGCUUUUAGUAUCGUUGCCAUCAAGUUUGAGAGGCAAGUGGCAUUUAUUGAUACCUAGACAAGUCGAGCGCACACCCACCGACAUACCAACUCAAGCGGUGUACUAACUUGAGCGUCAGCGCAACCUAUCUUUUUCCCCAAAAAAAUUCCCGAGAUUGAUGGCUCCUGAUUGAAAGUACAGGGUGGGGCGCGGAUACUUCCCGAUUUGAGAAUGAAAUAAAAACCUGUUCACGCUUCACAAUUCUUUAUUCUUCUUUUAUGCCUUUCACACAACAUGGGAGAUUUACUUUUACACUAUUUUAAAGACAAUAUCUUUUAAAUGUCCACAUCCAUUGUCAAUACACUGAUUCAGACGAUUUCGGAAGCUUUGGUCUACUCUCUCCAGCAUGUUGAGCGGUAUAUUGGCUAUUUCAGUUCGGAUGGCGUUCUGUAGGUCUUCCAGGGUCUGUGGACGGUCGUUAUUAACCAGGGAUUUGAGAUAUCCCCACAGGAAAUAAUCACAGGGAGCUAAAUCAGGUGAGCGCGCAGACCAGUUUAAGUCUCCUCUCAGGGACAUCAGUCGGUCGGGAAAAGCUUCUCUCAGGAAUCCCAUUGAAAUGCAUGCAGUGUGGGCACACACUGACUUCACUUGUAACUGCUACACCGGCAGCAAUGACGUCAUUUUAACGGCUUUUGGCCUCUAGUAAGAUGUCGUAAUUUAAGUCGUACGUUAACGCGGCGAUAUCGCACGAUGUCAUAUGUCCUUGUUUUCACACGACAUCGUAGAAGCAUUACGACAUUCGAGCGCUACAUUUGACUGUCGGGAAGAGAUUCACGACAGGCAAAGCCAUUUCAUCGGCUUACGAUGACGUACGAUGACGUUAUAGAGAGAUACGAUGUCAUACGUGCUGCUAACGAUAUUGUUCGACAUCGAAAGAGUAAAAAAUCGUUAAGAUAUCGAGUUACGACUCGUCUUUGAACAUACGUUUGGCAAUAACGAACGAAAACGUUGUCGCUAGAAUCGUGACCAGUGUGACCGCUCGUGUACUGUCGCCAGUUUAAAAUCAAACUAGCCCAAGUUUACCCACCGAAGACGAUGGGACAGAGACUGGCAGGCCGGAUGACCACACCUACCUGUACGCUGCCAAAGAUAAUAUUACAUAACCGAGUGAUGAAGAUAAACAAUCAAUAUUUAACAAUAUGAAGUCUUAACCAGAGAAUGCACCGAAUGUGAUGCACUGUACCUACAAGAAAGCCGAAUUUCAUAAUAGUUAUCUUGCACGAAACAUGAGAAAUGGAGUAUGAGAAAAAAAAGUAAUGUUACCCCCUAAUUAAUUAACUAAUACAGCUGUCAUUUUAAGUUCCGCUACGUAAGGUUAAAGUGAAUAGAUUCAUUGUGAUACUUAAAUGACUUCCAUCUAUAGAGACUUAUAUGCAGAGCAAAAAGUAGAUUGAUUCUGUCUGUACCAGUUCGGUAAUUUUUGAUGACUUCAAUGAACUCGGAAAAAAGCAUUGGCUGCAAUAUUAGAGCAAGAGCCAGGGGUCAUUUAUUUAUUGGAAGUGACCAGGUGUUUGAGUGUUAUUUCCUUAUAGGGUAUGGCUUGAAGUAUCAGAAAAGCCAAUCCUUAAGGUUAGCCAGUGGUGGACGAGGUCAUGAGGUCAGGUCAAAGUUAAACUGCAUGCCAAAAUUUUACGUCUUAAAAAUUUUAUUCAAACUUAUGUAACUCACUUAUAAAUAAAGCAACUGACCUGGGGUUUGUGGCAAAUUAAAGGGUGAUAAUAG